GCGCGUCAACAAGUCUUGAACACCAAUACCCCAGCAUCCCAGCCACAGUAAGCAGCAGGCCAUUUUUUUCUCAAGCGUUACUACGGCAAACAUUGAACUGGGGACGGACACCUUCCUGUCACGGGUUAGUGUACGCUGCGAUCGCAGAACCGAGGGCUUUGGCUGAGUCGUUUGCGCCCACGAUCAAUCAAUUCCCUUGGUUCCUCCGUCAAGGCCCCGAUCGGCCGCUGUUCCUGGUUCAACGGGUAGCUACUAUUUGAGGAACCAACAACCGCUCCGAUCCACAGUUUGACUUGGCCGUUAUCGUUCUUUCUUUCAAUCUCUUUCCCGUCCGGCGCCUGCCACGAAACGAUGGUCGCGCCCAGAUCGGGUGACAAGGCCAUAUUCGCCGGCCAUGGCCGCCCUCGCGGCGACGAGGAGCCUUCUGAUGCAAAGGACCAUGAUGCCGCCGCCGACGUCUUUGGGCAGGAGGCCAACCAUGACAUCAAAUACAAGAGACUCACCUGGCCGCUCGUCGCCAUCCUCAUGAUCACCGAGAUCGUAUCCAAUGGCAUGCUCUCUCUCCCCUCAUCUCUCGCCGUGGUGGGCAUGGUCCCGGGGCUGGUCAUCAUCGUGUUCCUCGGCGUCUUCGCGACAUACACGUCGUGGCUGCUGGUUCAGUUCAAGCUUCGCCACCCCGAGGUGCACACCAUGGGCGACGCGGGGUACAUCCUCUUCGGGCCCGUAGGGCGCGAGCUGCUGGCCUUUGGAACGCUGUGCUUCUCCAUCUUCGCCUGCGGCGGGCAGCUGCUCGCGGGCCAGAUCGGGCUCGCGGCCUUGAGCGACAACAAGCUCUGUCUGACGCUGUACACGGGGAUAUUCGCCAUCCCGACUCUGCUGUGCUCGCUGCCGAGGACGUUUCACGGACUGGGCUGGAUCUCCAUCGCGAGCGUCUUGAGCAUAUCUAUUGCAGGGGUCGUGGGCAUGGCUGCGGCAGGCAUGUCGCCAGAUCCGAAUCGGAUUGUCGAGGUCGCGAUGCCUUCUAGCUUCUACACGGCGUUUAUAUCAAUCACCAACCCUGUGUUUGCCUACGCUGGACACUUUAUGUUCUUCGUCCUCAUCUCAGAGAUGAAGGAGCCGAGGCACGCCAUGCGCGCCGCGUACACAUUGCAGUCAUUCGCCACAGUCUUCUACGCAAUCUUCGCUGGCGUGACCUACGGCUACAUCGGGAGCACAGUCUUGUCGCCGUCAUUCUCGUCGCUCUCGCCGUACUGGCAAAAGGUGUCCUACGGCAUCGCACUACCAAACUUUCUCCUUGCGGGGGCUCUCUACGCGCACACGGCCAGCAAGGUCAUCUUCGUGAGGGUGUUUCGACACUCGAGACAUCUCCACAGCCACACCGUGCUGGGGUGGAGCGUCUGGGUCCUGCUCGUCCUGCUCGCCAACGGCUUGUCGUUUCUUCUCGCCGUCGGAGUGCCAAUCUUCAACUACUUGAUCGGAAUUUCCGCGUCGCUCUUUGCCGCCUGGUUUACAUAUGGAAUUGCCGGCAUGUUCUGGCUCCAUGAUUCCUAUCACGACGGCGGUGGCUUCUACUCGUGGCGUAAAAGGUGGUUUCAGGCUACACUCUCCAUCGCGACAAUCCUCAUGGGUGGGUUCAUCUGCGUUGCUGGCCUCUACGUCACCGUCCUUGCCAUCAAAGAUGCCUAUGCUAGCGGCCAGAUCCCUUCUCCAUUUACUUGUUGAAAGCCCCCUUGAAGCAGCAUCUUUUAUACUAUCACCUAAUUCAGCGUUCAGUGAACGAAUAGCCGUGCA